ACUCUGUCAUCUUAGCAAUCUCAGUUUUGCAGUCACACCUAAUCCUACAUUUAGUACUAUAUGUCAAUUCAUUUGCUUCAUUCCAAACACUGAAAUAGAAUUCAUGUACUUCAAAAUCCUUAUCAUACUUCAUAUAAAUUUCACCAUAAAAAUAUGAAGAAAUUAUUCCUUUCUAUCUAUUCUCUAUUUCCCACAAUCAUUCUUCUGCUACUUGUUCCAACUUCAAAAGCACAAUUACCACAAACAGAAACUAGAAUCCUCUUUCAAAUCCAAAAACUUCUAGAAUAUCCACAAGUUCUUAAAGAUUGGACAAAUUGGACAAACUUUUGCUUCCUCCCUCCAUCAACUUCACUCAAAAUCAUUUGUUCAAAUGGUCAUGUAACAGAAUUAACUAUCAUUGGAAACAAAACCUCUCCCUCUUCACAUAGCUCAAAACCCUUUCAAGCACUCUCAGGAACUUUUUCAACUGAUUCAUUUUUCACUGUUGUGACAAAGCUUUCAAAUUUGAAGGUUCUGUCUUUGGCUUCAUUAGGUUUGUGGGGUCCAUUACCUGGAAAGAUUAACAGGUUUUGGAAUUUGGAAGUUUUGAACAUUAGUUCAAAUUUCAUUUCUGGUGAAAUUCCAUCAUCAAUUUCUUCUAUGAAAAAUCUCAAGAGUCUUGUUUUGGCUGAUAAUCUUUUCAAUGGAAAUAUUCCAGAUCUCAAAAAGUUAACUUUGUUAGAAGAGAUUAACUUUGAUGGAAAUAAAUUAGGUCCUGAUUUUCCUUCAAUUGGAAAUAAUCUUGUUAAUAUUAUAUUGAGAAAUAAUCUUAUAAGAUCUCAAAUUCCUUCUCAAUUAGUAAAGUUUGAUAAACUUCAUGUAUUUGAUAUUUCUUCAAAUAAUUUUUUUGGAAAAAUUCCUAAAUUUAUGUUCUCUUUACCUUCCCUUAAGUACCUAAAUUUAUCUUCAAAUAAAUUUAGUAGUAACCUUUCAUUGAAUUUAGCUUGUGGUUCAUCACUUACAUAUGUUGAUAUCUCACACAAUUUUCUAGUUGGAAAAUUACCAUCAUGUGUUAUGUCAUCAAAAGCUAAAGUAAUAUAUUCAUGGAAUUGUUUUUCAACAACAAAACAACAACAUUUAUCUUCAUAUUGUAAAAAAGAUGCAGCCUUAGCUGUUAAGCCUCCUGGUAAAAAGGUGAAGAAGGAAUCAAAUAUGAAACUAGGAAUUGUGCUUGUUAUAAUUGGAGGUGUUGUUGGAGUUGCUUGUCUUUUAGCUUUAAUCAUUGUGUUCAUCUUGUGGAAGUCCAAAUCAGAAAGAUCUGUUGCUCAUAAGCUUUCAGAAAAAUCAAAUAUUGAUGCAAGGCAUGUUCCUCGAACAAUGAGGCUAGGUGUACUUGGACAGCUACCAUAUCAUAUUUUCAAUGAAGAAGAAAUUGAAGAAGCAACAAAUAACUUUGAACAAUCAAAUCUAAUAGGAGAAGGGUCACAAGGACAGAUAUAUAAAGGCUGGUUGAGAGAUGGUUCAGUGGUGCAUGUUAAUCGUAUUAACAUAAAGCAAAAGGGUUUACCUCACAGCAUUAUGAAGCACUUAGAGGUAUUGCAAAAUUUGAGGCAUAGGCAUAUGGUGAGUGUUUUAGGACAUUGUGUCAUUACUCAUCAGGACCCUCCACAAGUAACAAGCACAGUGUUCAUUGUACUUGAAUACAUUUCAAAUGUGUCAUUGAGGGAUCAACUUACAGAUGGGAAAAAGAGGGAUAUGUUGAAAUGGCCACAAAGAAUGGCAAUAAGCAUAGGAAUUGCAAGAGGAGUUCAGUUCUUACAUACAGGAGUUGCACCUGGCAUAUUUGGCAACAAUUUGAAGAUUCAGAAUAUUUUGUUGGAUGAUAGUCUCAAUGCAAAAGUCAGUGGUUACAGAAUUCCAUUGCCAUCCAAGAGCAUACUUAAUGAACAAAGUGCCACAAAUCAAAUUGGCAGCACAAAUAAUGCUGAAAAAGAAGAUAUAUAUCAGCUGGGUGUUAUUCUACUUGAAGUCAUUACUGGUAGACAAAUUGGAUCCUCCAGUGAAGUAGAGAAGCUCAAGGAUGAGUUGGAAAGUAGUUUAUCAGAAACAGCAUCAAUACUAAGAAGUGCAAUUGAUCCUUCCCUAAGGGGAAGUUAUGCAUAUGAAUCAAUGAGAACUGCAAUUCAAAUUACCAUCAAUUGUCUCUCUAAGGUUUCUAGUAAGCGUCCUUCAAUAGAAGAUGUUCUAUGGAAUUUACAGUAUUCAAUGCAAGUUCAAGAGUCUUGGACCAGCAGUGGCAACCUCAGUACAAAAUUUUAAACAACUUUGUCAUUAAAAAUGUUUGCUAGCAUUUCAUAAGUUCAUUGAUUGUAAUGAACAAAUUGGUAGUGUAAAUAUGUAAUUUCUUUCAUAAGACCAAAAAUCAUAUUUUCAACUACAUUUUUUAUAUUUUUUGAAAAUAUAUUAUUAUUGCUAUUAUUUUUAUUGGAAGUCCAUUGUCCCAUUGAGUUACCA